ACGGACCACGUACAACCAACAAAAUUGAAUGUCUAUCAAUUUUAUGUAAAUGAAUUUCUCCGUCCACUCAACACCCUUUCCAGUUUCCAAAACAAUACAAACCGAAGAACCUGCUGAGAAGGAUGAUUUCGUAAUUUAGCUUUGUUUUCUCCUACUUGUAUCGAAAGUCUCCUUCUCACUGUAACCAACCCCAACGCAACUCAUUGUGGGAAUCCAACAAAACCAGGCAAGUUAGUUUUUUCGGGCGGCAAGUGCUCUCCCUGGCGCACUUUAGCAUAGUAGUCUCCUCCAAGCAGCAAACAGACUUCCAACUCCCCCACUAACCUACGCCUCAAAAACUCCCCUUAACCUGUCCACCUCUAGCUGCAGCUCUCAGCUGCACACCCUCCCUCCUCUCAUGAUGCCUGAGCCUCCGAACCCGCAACCGUUCCUCGACGACGACGGCCCCGAGCCUGCCCGCGACACCGACGCCGGAGCCGUCUUCGUCCUCCAAUCCAAAGGGCAGUGGUGGCACGCCGGGUUCCAUCUGACGACGGCGAUAGUGGGGCCGACGAUUCUGACGCUGCCGUACGCGUUUCGAGGGCUGGGAUGGCCGGUAGGGUUCCUCUGCUUGACCGCCAUGGGAAUCGUCACGUUCUACUCCUACUACCUCAUGUCCAAGGUCCUCGACUACUGCGAGAAGGCCGGCCGCCGCCACAUCAGAUUCCGGGAGCUCGCCGCAGACGUGUUAGGGUCAGGAUGGAUGUUCUACUUUGUGAUAUUCAUUCAGACAGCCAUAAACACUGGGGUUGGAAUUGGAGCAAUUUUGCUUGCUGGGGAAUGCAUUAAGAUUAUGUAUACAGAACUUUCUCCAAAUGGAUCCCUGAAAUUGUAUCACUUCAUAGCCAUGGUUACCGUGGUAAUGAUAGUCAUCUCUCAACUACCAUCUUUCCACUCCCUCAGACAUAUCAACCUUGGUUCGCUGCUUCUCAGCUUGGGCUACUCAUUCUUGGUGGUUGUUGCGUGUGUUUAUGCAGGUACCUCUAAGAAUGCCCCUCAAAGGGACUACUCCCUAGAUUCUUCGGCAUCAAUAAGGGUCUUCAAUGCCUUCACUUCCAUCUCCAUAAUAGCUGCUAUCUUUGGGAAUGGCAUACUACCUGAAAUACAAGCAACAUUGGCGCCACCAGCUACUGGAAAGAUGGUAAAAGGUCUUGUAAUGUGUUACACAGUAAUUUUCAUUACAUUCUAUGCCACUGCAGUGUCUGGUUAUUGGGUGUUUGGGAAUAAGGCUAGUUCAAACAUUCUAGAGAGCCUAAUGCCAGAUGAAGGGCCUUCUUUGGCUCCAACAUGGGUCCUUGGUCUUGCUGUGGUAUUUGUUCUCCUUCAGCUUCUUGCCAUUGGCCUGGUUUAUUCUCAAGUUGCUUAUGAGAUCAUGGAAAAGAAUUCAGCAGAUGUCAAUCAGGGAAUGUUUUCAAAAAGGAAUCUCAUUCCUCGGAUAAUUCUUCGGUCUGUGUACAUGAUACUGUGCGGAUUUUUCGCAGCAAUGCUCCCAUUUUUUGGAGACAUAAGCGGUGUGGUUGGAGCUGUUGGGUUUAUCCCUUUAGAUUUUAUCCUCCCAAUGCUUCUCUACAACAAGACCCAUAAGCCAACAAAAUCGACCUUCACUUACUGGCUCAACAUGUCUAUAAUGGUUGUGUUCACCGGAGUAGGAUUGAUGGGCACAUUUUCUUCCGUAAGGAAAUUGGUUCUUGAUGCCAAAGAGUUUAAGCUGUUUAGUGAUGAUGUGAUUGACUAAGCUUGUACAUAAAGAGCAGCCUAGCCUUCCCCUUUUGUCAUGGAGAAGCUGUGCCAUUUGUGGCCCCUUGUAAUACCAAAAUUUCAAACUUCACAACUACUUAAUGUGUUAGUUAGUUAGUUCUUUAUCAAAAGUCUUAGCUAAAUCGAUCUGUAUUGUAGACAUUAUGAGCCUCAAGCUCCAAAUCUGGGAAAUUCUACCAAAUCUUAAAUUGCAAAUUCUAUUGUGGUUGCAAAAUGAACGUGUUGUAUUUGUGGGAUAUUUUUAUGCAACGUACUUAAACAAGUUGCACUAUUCUGAUCA